UCCGGCGCAAAAUCCUGCGGGAGAGGGGGUGGGGCGACGGCUCUGGAGGCAGCGCGCCCGCGGGUUGCUUCGUUGUGGCUCGUCAGGCUCCCGUGGCGGCGGCGGCGUUUGCCUCGGUGUCUCCCGCGCGCACUCCAGCCGCCUCCUAGCGGCGCGGCGCCCUUUCCUACGAACCCAGUUCUCAUUGACAAAAAAUAUGAGAGAGUGAAAAACAUGGCUAUAUUAUUACUAGGGCAAAUUAAUGAGAACCUAAAAUGACGAAUGUGUGAUCUCAGUGGAAUAAAUGGCGUCCAAAGUCACAGAUGCUAUAGUGUGGUAUCAAAAGAAGAUUGGAGCAUAUGAUCAACAAAUAUGGGAAAAAUCUGUUGAACAAAGAGAAAUCAAGGGGUUAAGGAAUAAACCAAAGAAAACAGCACAUGUGAAACCAGAUCUCAUAGAUGUCGAUCUUGUAAGAGGGUCUGCAUUUGCUAAGGCAAAACCUGAAAGUCCAUGGACUUCUCUGACUAGAAAGGGAAUUGUUCGCGUUGUAUUUUUUCCCUUUUUCUUCCGGUGGUGGUUACAAGUAACAUCAAAAGUCAUCUUUUUCUGGCUUCUAGUCCUUUAUCUUCUUCAAGUUGCCGCAAUAGUACUAUUCUGUUCCGCUUCUAGCCCACAUAGCAUACCUCUGACGGAAGUGAUUGGGCCGAUAUGGCUGAUGCUGCUCCUGGGAACUGUGCACUGCCAGAUUGUUUCAACGAGAACACCUAAACCUCCGCUAAGUACAGGAGGUAAAAGGAGAAGGAAAUUAAGAAAAGCAGCCCAUUUGGAAGUACAUAGGGAAGGAGAUGGUUCUAGUACCACAGAUAACACACAGGAGGGAGCAGUUCAGAGCCACGGUACAAGCACCGCUUACAGCGUUGGCGCUGUCUUCAGAGAUCUCUGGCAUGCUGCUUUCUUUUUAUCAGGAUCAAAGAAAGCAAAGAAUUCAAUUGAUAAAUCAACUGAGACUGACAAUGGCUAUGUAUCCCUUGAUGGGAAAAAGACUGUUAAAAGCAGCGAAGAUGGAGUACAAAGCCAUGAACCUCAGUGUGAAACUCUUCGAGCAGAAGAGGCAACCUGGAACACAGGAGCACUGAGGAACAUUCCCAGCAAAGAUACCCAAAGGACAGUAACAAAUGUCUCUGACGAAGUCUCCAGUGAAGAAGGUCCAGAAACAGGAUACCCAUUGCGCCGUCAUGCAGACAGGACUUCUGAGAGCAUUCUUCGGAAUAGAAAGUCACACCAUUAUAAGAAACAUUACACUAAUGAGGAUGCCCCUAAAUCGGGUACUAGUUGCAGCUCUCGCUGUUCAAGUUCCAGACAGGAUUCUGAGAGCACAAGGCCAGAAUCUGAAACAGAAGAUGUAUUAUGGGAAGACUUGUUACAUUGUGCAGAAUGCCGAUCAUCUUGUACCAGUGAGACAGAUGUGGAAAAUCCUCAAAUUAAUCCAUGUGUGAAAAAAGAAUAUAGAGACGACCCUUUUCAUCAGAGUCAUUUGCCCUGGCUCCAUAGUUCCCACCCGGGAUUAGAAAAAAUAAGCGCUAUCGUAUGGGAAGGCAAUGACUGCAAGAAAGCAGACAUGUCUGUACUUGAAAUCAGUGGAAUGAUAAUGAACAGAGUAAACAGCCAUAUACCAGGAAUAGGAUACCAGAUUUUUGGAAAUGCAAUCUCUCUAAUCCUGGGUUUAACUCCAUUUGUUUUCCGACUCUCUCAAGCUACAGACUUGGAUCAACUCACAGCACAUUCUGCUUCAGAACUUUAUGUGAUUGCAUUUGGUUCUAAUGAAGAUGUCAUAGUUCUUUCUAUGGUUAUAAUAAGUUUUGUGGUUCGUGUGUCUCUUGUGUGGAUUUUCUUUUUUUUGCUCUGUGUAGCAGAAAGAACUUAUAAACAGCGAUUACUUUUUGCAAAACUCUUUGGACAUUUAACAUCGGCAAGGAGGGCUCGAAAAUCUGAGGUUCCCCAUUUCCGAUUGAAGAAAGUACAGAAUAUAAAAAUGUGGCUCUCUCUCCGGUCCUAUCUUAAGCGUCGAGGUCCUCAGCGAUCAGUUGAUGUCAUAGUUUCAUCUGCUUUCUUGUUAACUAUCUCAGUUGUAUUUAUCUGUUGUGCCCAGUUGCUUCAUGUACAUGAGAUCUUCCUUGAUUGUCACUACAAUUGGGAACUGGUAAUCUGGUGCAUCUCGUUAACACUUUUUCUCCUAAGAUUUGUUACCCUUGGAUCAGAAACAAGUAAAAAAUAUAGCAAUACCUCAAUUUUACUUACUGAACAGAUAAACCUCUACUUGAAAAUGGAGAAGAAACCUAACAAAAAGGAGGAACUGACACUAGUGAAUAAUGUUUUAAAACUGGCUACUAAACUGCUAAAGGAAUUGGACAGUCCCUUUAGAUUAUAUGGGCUUACAAUGAAUCCACUGCUUUAUAACAUCACCCAGGUUGUCAUCCUGUCAGCUGUUUCUGGUGUUAUCAGUGACUUACUUGGAUUUAAUUUAAAGCUUUGGAAGAUUAAAUCAUGACAAUUCAGAGAAAAGAAGAUGUAGCCUCUUUUCCAGAAUAAGAGUACCAACUAAGCUGCCUGAAAGCAGUCACUGACUCUUUGCUUCAGGAGUCUCAGCUGGGAAAUUGAAGUGUUUACAUCAGACUGUCCUGUGCAAUUCUUAUAUUUAUUUCACUUGUUCACUGUUUUGUACAUUUAUUUUAGUCUUUAUAUUUUAUUUUUAGCUUUGAUGUACUUACUUGUUGAAAGGGUGAUAAAACUGAUAUCCAGAUACUUGAGAUCCUGGUAAUUGCUCAUAAAUAAUGACAAAAUAACAAAUUGUGAGAAGAGAAGCCAUUGCUAAGCACUGUUUCUCUGUCAAUGCCGUGACUUGCCUUACUUGAGGAAAACUUCUUUAACUUUAUAACCUAGCAUUGGACUCAACUAAACACAUAAAGCAUUUUCUUCAGUAAAUCAAGAUCCAGUCAGGGUUUCUUUUGAAUUCUUUCGGAACAAUGCCAGGAUCUAAAUUGAUUAAGCUGCAGUUUAAGCACCCUUCAGUAUUAAUAUAUAUGGUAUUACACAACAGGUCAACAAGUGCUCUUUGAUGAUAAAACUCUUAAUAGAGCAAUAAUUGUAAAUGGUUACCAUACUGUAAGAUAUUUUGAUAAAAAUUAACUAGUAAUAAUUGUAUUUAUUUGAAACACUGGGCUGUUUGCACAGCUCCAACUGUGCAUGCUCAAAAUGUGCACUUUUUAAAAUUGUUACUUUUAAUGUGUAUCUUUAUAUGGGAUAUGUUAUAGUGUACUGGGGCAUGAUAUGGUAUCCUUUUGAGUGAGGUAUAUGCUCAUCUCACAAGUGAAGUGCCUAUUGAUAUUACUAAAGUACAUUAUGUUUACUCAAGUAAAAUAAUUUUCUCCCUAUGGUACACUAUAGUGUAUACUAUUCAUACCACACUCAAAUGAACAACUUAAGAAUAAGGUUAAGAACCAGUUAAAUAUUCUUCUGAUUGUUAGUUGUAAAACUAUAUCUGAAUUUUCAGGAAAAAUAGCUAUAGCUUGCAAAUUCUACCUUCUAAACUUAGUCUGGUACAUCUACCCCCUCAACCCCCAAUUAUAUAAGGGCUAUUUUAGAUGCUUUUAACCUAGAAAGUUAACCCCCUCCCCCCUAAAUAAUUUGCCAAGUUUCCAAAUGAGAACUUAUCCUGUUGGCAUGUUAGGUAAAUAGGGCGAAUAUGAUGGUAUCUUACAUUGGGCCUUGAUUUUAAGUUGUUAUGUUUGUACAAUCAAGAAAUUUUAGGAGUUAUGUGAAACAUGAAAUGUUUUAGCAAACUUUUUUUUUAAAACUGGGUAUCUAGUUUCUAAAACAAAGAAUUUAUUUGAGACAGUCUAGAAUUUUCUUGGUGCAAGGUGUAUCAUGUUGAAUAUCCUCACAUUUUUUACCAUGUUUUUGGGAAUUUAAAAUAAUUAAUUGUAAAUUAUUUAUUUGAUUGGUGCAGUUCUAAUCCCCAAAUCAUCUUAAGAUCAGGAAUGUGUAGAGAACAGAGCCAUAUCGUAAUAUCACUUUGCUCUCACCGUUCCUUUUGAUCAGCCUCAAUUCAGCCAUAUUUUCUUUCUGUAGAAAACAACAAAAGUAUUUUAUUUUAUUUGCCUGUGUUCUAAUAUGUUUAAUAAUGACCAAAGUGCAUUCUGAGUUUUUUCAAGGAAUGUAUUACUGGAGCUUUAAGAACAUACUUAUUUUCUCCUGUGAAAAAUUAGGCUUUUUCUGAUAUGUUUCUUCUUCCUCUAUUGUCUAAUGUUGAGGUUAUUUCUAGGAAUUAUAUUUUAUAAACUUUUUCAAAAUAAGGUACAUACCUAUACAGAACUUAACAUUUUGCACAGAAUAUAUCGAAUAUAUUUUGAAAAAAAAAGUACAGCAUGAGUUCUGUUAGGAAUAAAAAUGAAACUAUUGUAUCUCACAGAAAAACUUAUUUCAGAAUGGAAAUAUUUUUGAGAAAAGUAGCUGAGUAAACUGAUUUAGGAAGAUGCUUGUUUUUGAUUGAAGUUCAUUUUAACUUAGAGUUGGGAGUUGAUUUAUUGAGUACAGUGUACCUCUCAACAAUGUAUUAAUAUGUUGAAUUAUGUCACUAAUGUGGGCAGCAGUAGAAUACUGAAAGGAAAAAGUUGUCAUUUUAAGUAAUUUCGGAACAUUAAUGGAACUGUUUUCAAAGCAGAAAAAUUGACAUUGCUGCCUUUAAGAAUACAAUGAAUGUAAGAAAUUGAAAGAAAUUGUAACAUAUCACAUAAUAUAGAAGAGGCAGUUCGAAGAUAGAAUUGUGGCAGAUGUUGUGUGUUAACUGUUUUUUCUUUGCCACACAUGUCGUAUUUGAAAGUUUGAACAGCAAGUUUAAAAUAAAACAUUCUAUGACUGACA